AUGUCAGCAAAAGCACAUCGACAACCACAAUCACAUGCUGAACACUCGGCCACGACUUAGUAGCCAGCGUAGCAUUUCAUUCUCAGUGGAUGUGUGAUCUGUUACUGAGGUAAAAGAAGUUGAUUGGCUGAAGCAGGGGUGCCAUUACCUCCCAGCCGAGAGCACCUGCUCGGGAAUUUCUCAUGAGACCAGGUAGGAGGUUUCUGGAUCAUUUUGCCAGCGCGAAGCAGCUGGAGCGGUCGAGUCGAAGCCCUCCAGUCGUUUCCCUGAUUGAACUGUUACAAGAUGAAACUGCAAACCAGCUUAUCUCUCAGAGCAUGACACCUGUGUUUGAGUGAUUACACAGAGGAGAACAGGGGUGUGCAGAUGUGUGUGUGUGUGUGUUGAGAUUAUGUCCUAAAUACACAGAAUUACACAGGUGUUGCAGCAGGAUUAUGCAAAGUCUCCUGCUGAAUGUAGUGGCUCUAUAGGAUUAAAGAGAGGAACUUAAGUCAAGUGAAUGGCAGCACAUUAUCUUCCACAGAUUAACUCAGAUCAAGAGUGAUCGCACGUGGGGCAUAAUUAAAUCAGCCUUUCCAGGGUUUGAUAGAGGUCAUAAUUAUUUUGAGCUUAACUGGGGUACGUUGAAACAUUGCUGAAAUCCGUUUCUCAGCCCUCGGUGGAAUAACUUCUGGUCCUCCACUGUGGACUUUGCUCAGACCCGAAGUGCACAGACUUGAAUAUUAAAGGUGCUCAAAAGCUCAUUCGGCUUCCAUAAUGAGACGCUCGAGCACAGAUGAGACUCCAUACCGGCGCAGUCCAUCUCUGGACAGCAAGCCUGACACGCCGCCGUUCACUUCUGGGUUUCACCGCUUCAGUGGGGAGUUUGAGUAUAAGCGGCCACCGUUUGCGUUUGGCUUCCACACGACAAAGGGGCCGCAGACGUCCAAGGGGCGCUACGCCCAGGGGAAGAAGUAUGUGGUGUUUUACCUGGACCUCUCCUUCAUAUUCCUCCUAGAACUGCGGCGCUGCAGGAUGGCCGAAGGUUGCAUGAUGGCCCUGCGAUAUGGAAUGGUCUUCUUCAACCUCCUUUUCUGGUUGGGAGGAUGUGGCAUACUCGGGGUGGGGGUCUGGCUCUCAGUGACCCAGGGAAACUUUGCCACCCUGUCAUCGUCCCUUCCCUCCCUGUCUGCAGCCAACCUGCUCAUCGCGGUGGGGACCAUCAUCAUGGUGAUUGGCUGCCUGGGUUGUGUUGGAGCUGUCAAAGAGAGCCGUCCUCUGCUGCUGACGUUCUUCAUCCUCCUCCUGCUCAUCUUCUUCCUGGAAAUUCUGUCCAUCAUGCUUUUCUUCAUCUACCAAGACGAGAUCGAUCACUACGCCCAGAGGGAUCUGAAGAAGGGCCUGCAGCUCUUCGGCACAGAAGGCAACGUGGGUUUAACCAACGCCUGGAUGAUUGUACAAACUGAUUUUCGCUGCUGUGGAGUAACCAACCACACGGACUGGUUUGAAGUUUAUAAUGCCACCCGUGUGCCAGACUCCUGCUGCCUGGAGUACAGCGACAACUGUGGCCUGGACAACCCGGGAACAUGGUGGACAGCGCCGUGCUACGAGCGAGUAAAGGACUGGCUUAAUGACAACCUGGUGGCACUUUGGAUCUUUGCUCUAUGCACAGCACUCACUCAGAUCCUGGGCCUGGUCUUCUCCAUGACGAUGUUCUGUCAGUCCGUGAAAGUAGAGACCUUCUACGCCUAGAAAUCGAUUCUGUGCUCUUCAGCGCACUUGGAUUCCCUCUCAUCAGAGAGGGACAAAUAUAGACCCAUCCUCCUCCCCAUCCUCCCCAUCCUCCUCCUCCUCCUCCUCUUCCUCCGCCCUCUACAGACUCUUCUUUCCAACGCUUGUCCCCUCUGUGACAUUCCCUCUCGGAUGUCACCAGUUCACGGUUUUUCUGCUAACUGUCAACAGGCACAGUGUCAGUGUGAUACCUGAGUUGGUUCCUAUGGUUUGCUGCGUAUCAAAAGCUAACUUCUGUGAUACAUUUUAUGAAACAGUAUUAUGAUUAUGUAUGAAAUAAGUGUAACCUUUUUUUUAAUAUAUAUAUAUAUAUAUAUGUGUGUGUGUGUGUGUGUGUUUUGUUUUAAAUUAUUUUAUGGUUUGUAUGUGUUUUCAAAAUGAGAGCUACAGUUGGGAAAGUGCACAGUGUGAAGUGCUUCAAGUGCAUGUCUCCUGCCAUGGUGUUUAUUAAAUGUUUCGGCUCGACUAAAACGCAUGCGUCAUCUUGUUGUUCCUCAGUCGGAAACGCUGAAGGGUUUCAUGUGAAAUCCUGCUGUAUUCACCCUGGAUGAUAAACAAGGGGGGCAGGGGAAGUUUGUCAGGACCCAGUGUGUGAAAUCAUUUAUGUGGUCCCUCUGCUGAGACACAGUGGAAUCAUUAAAAUAUCUUGUAGCACCUAACUAAUCAGGCCUUAAUUAGUCAUAUCUGAUGAAAUGAACUGUGUUGGGACUGUAAGCAUUAUGGCUUUUACGCUGAGUGGAUUUACAUGGGACAUGAGAAUUGCACCAGCUGCAAUAAAAAGAUUCUGUCAGAGGAAUUUAAAUGAACAAGUAGCUGGAUCCUUGAGACUGGCCUGGGGCGAUUUCCCCCCAAGCACCAAUCAGAGCUCCAAUGACAAAGACUCAUCUGCAGUCUUUGAAGCCUCCUCUGGCCCUUCUGCGACUCUUUAAGGUUUUUUUUUUUCUUACCUUAGGCCGUCAAGUAUAAUCCAGGCAAUAAGUACGCUAGAGACAAACUUUGAUUAAAUAGCCCCAUAGGAAAAAAUGCUUUAAGAGGUGUUUUCAGUUGCAGUUGAGGUCCUAGUAAGGCAGGUACAGGAACUCGUUUUGCAUUUGUUAGGAUUAUUCCUCCUUUGCUUCUUUAUUUCUGCCUUCAAACAGUCUGGACCUGAGAGACUAAAAGUCCCACAGCAAUCAAAUCUGUGGAAGCAUUUCAAAUCUCUCCCACCCCGAAGUCAGCCAAAGAAAUUACACAGAUUAAUCAGCAGGUGGAGCUACGACAGGGAACUUUAGGUAAUGGAGGAGGUUAGCCUUUGGGGAUUUCUGUCACGAGGUGCGUGUACAGCAAUAUAAAGGAGGUCAGCAUGGGACCGUGGGUGAGUGGGUUGU